UUCACGUACUAUAGGAUUGUUUUAAUUUUCUUGUGAAAAAUGAAUUCUAAGAAUAACUUGCUCGUCCUAACCCUCUUUAUCGGAAUGGUUCUUAUCUCCGCUAGAAAUUUUCCCGGCGAUGAGACAUCUUCUGACUCAAAAUCAUCAGGCACUAACACCUUCCGAUUUCCAUUCCCCCCACUCGGCAUAUUCCCCCCAUUCCAAUUCCCCCCAAUCGGCCAAUUCCCCCCAAUCGGCCAAUUCCCCCCAAUCGGCCAAUUCCCCCCAAUCGGCCAAUUCCCCCCAAUCGGCCAAUUCCCCCCAAUCGGUCAACUCCCCCCACUCCAAUUCCCUCCAUUGCCGUUAUCACCCGGUUCGCCAUUCACAUUCCCAUUCCCAUCGCCACCCUCCUUGCCGUUACCGUCGCCAUCGACACCCGGCUUGCCAGAUACACCACCAGUUGGGCCUCCUGAAGGAGAAGCACCAGUGGAGCCACCUACUACCAGUUGAUAUGGUGGAGAUAUAAAUAUAUAUACAUAUAUAUUAGUGGCGAAGCGCUACAAAAAAUAAAGAUAUUGAUAUUGCUAGUUAAUGAUGACACAUUGUAAU